AUGGACGACGCAAAGCAGCAAUCAGGUUGGUACGCCGAUCUUUCAGAGUAUGAAAGCAUGUUGACACUGUCACAGGAACUUGAUAGCCAAGAAUUUCUCAAGGCUCCAGCAAUUCCGGGUGAUCUCGACGCCUGUAACCAGCAGAAUUCAGUCGCCUCUUUCUCGGAAUGGACGAGCCAGUGCGAAACUUGCAAAAACAUUUGGCGUUGUUUUUCUCAGCCAGAUUUGGCAAAUCGGGUCAAUCCGGGCCCGGUCAAUCUGGGCCAUGUUACGGACGCUCUCGCUACACAGUACCGCACACAUAAACCCUUAGUACAAGCUUUUGUUGACCAUGUGCGCUCAUGCGAAGAUCCCCGGAGUUUAUUUAGGCAAGAAAGAGGUGACCUUGGCAUCCGCUCUGGAUAUUUAAAGAGCAGCGUCGAGAUUACAGAGUCGAUCUCAAUCGGGGGUUUUUUAUGGUAUCUGUUGCUAGUGAGGAAGGAGUCUGUACCGCAUCAUCCUGGUAUGCGUCGUAUUCUAAACACUGAUUGGGUUGAUGUAGAAAUGCUGAAUCGGUGGAAAAGGCAGUGUCUUUCAACACAUGGUGCGAAAUGCGAGAGUUUGUGGAAGAUUUGGCCGAAAAGGCCCGCUUUUUUGAUCGAUGUGAAGACCAAGUGCCUUGUCGCGGGUUGUAUCUCUGGCGCUUUUGUGGCACUAAGUUAUAGGUACGGGAGAUCCUCUGUUCCUACAAUUGACGCCGUGAUGCUCGAAAGGCAGCAGGAGCCAUAUGCUCUGGAUGCCCUGGAGUUUGAAGAAUUUUUGUCGCCAGUAAUCUGA